AUGAUUCGUCUAAAGGUGAGGUGUCGAGUGUACCCCUGGGGAACAGUGGAGACGGACAGCUUGGAGCACAAUGAUUUUCAGGCGCUCAAGACCCUCUUGAUGCGGCAUUUUAUGCAGGAUCUAAUUGACGUGACCUACACAAAGCACUAUGCCAACUACCGGACGAACCGUCUGACAGACACCAUAGAGGCGGCUCACUUCAAUCUGCAGGAUGGACGUGAGCCUCUUAGCCAACUGGACGCUGAGCGAAAAACACAUCAGAUUAAGCUGGACAAGUUGGUGGAGGAGAUGAAUCAGGUUUACGUGGAGAAGGUCCGGGAACGCGAGAAGCGGCUGAAGGACAGUGAACACGAGAUGGCAGAACGUGUGCAACAGAUGCAACAACAGUUGGAAUCGGAGGCGGAGAAUAUUGCCACCGCGCGCCAGGCAUUCAAUGAUCAACGUGUCACCUGGGAAAUGGAAAAUAGGGACUAUGCUGACCCCAAUUUCCCGAUCAGCACUGUCACCACUACGUGUACAUGGUCAGCCGGUCUGUUGGUCUCAUCAUGGCGGAAGUUGCGUUCAUGCUCCCGAUCGCGUAAAAUGCAUUGGACGAGGCAGCAUUCACAGAGAGCCUCCUCUGCUCCUGGUAGGGAAUCGGCUCCCACCUCUCCCGGUGCUACGUCAUUCACCACAACAGAUGGUGGCUACCAUGUCGCCCUCCACUGUGCAGCACUUUUGGGUGCACCGUUAGCCCAGAUGGAGGGAUAG